GGCCGAAGAUUGGCACUAGGGCGGCUUCCCGGAUGUUAGGAUUCUUUGCUUGGCCUUCGACUUCAUCACAAAAAUUGUAAUUUAAAUAAAUAUUCUCGGCUAUACUCAUCUUUUUUCAAAUAUAGGAUACGGAUAUAUUACCUAAGCAGAUUUAAUAAUGGGAAAUGAGCUGACAUUACCGACUGAUAUGGUCACGCAUUUUGAACCGGAAGAAAUAAAGCGUCUUGGAAAGAGGUUUAAGAAGUUAGAUUUAGAUCAUUCAGGUUCCUUGUCUGUGGAGGAAUUUAUGUCGUUACCAGAGCUUCAGCAGAAUCCAUUGGUGCAGAGAGUUAUAGAAAUUUUUGAUCAGGAUGGGAAUGGAGAAGUCGAUUUUAAAGAGUUUAUUGAAGGUGUUUCCCAGUUUAGUGUAAAAGGUGACAAGGAAUCUAAACUUAGAUUUGCAUUUCAAAUAUAUGAUAUCGACCGUGAUGGAUUCAUUACUAACUCUGAACUAUUUCAAGUACUAAAAAUGAUGGUGGGCAAUAACUUGAAAGACACACAACUUCAACAAAUUGUAGAUAAAACUAUUCUGUAUGCCGAUAAAGAUCAAGAUGGAAAAAUAUCAUUUAGUGAAUUCUCUGAAAUGGUGGGUAAUUUGGACGUACACAAGAAGAUGGUAGUUGAUGUUUAAAGCGCAACAGCAUGCAAUAUGGACAUAAUUUUAGAAUUCACCAACACUUUGUCGUGGCCAAUAUCCUACAGAAAUCAAUGGUUUGUGUGUCUGAAGUACUAUAAAGAGAACCGUCGUUUUGAAAAAUGAUCUUGGAGUUUUUCUGGUAGUUCCAAACAUCAAACACAUGUGAUUUACUGUAAAAUACUGUUUAUUUAUAUGGCCAAAAAACUUGCAAUUAAGUGAUAAUGAAGUUAGAAUGCUAAUUAUUACCAGCUAAUUACGGUUUUCUAUUACAUGCUUUGAUUAAAGAGAACAUAUCCAUAGUUUGAUGGUAAAUAAAAGACUAUUAGCAGACUUAAUGUUUUAAUGA